AUGCCCCCCCAGCCGGAGGUGAACAAACAUUUCUGGGACUUCCUAAAGAGUUUUCUCGGCAUCAUCCGAAUCCUCCAAAUCCUAUUUGGAGCAGGACUAUGGGUCACAAUCGCCGCCAACAAAUACGAAGGCGCCAUCCACUUCGUCCUGUUCGUGGCCGUGCUCUUCUGGCUCCUCACCCUCACCGCCUUUUUUAUCACCCUCCUGGACAAGCAGGACCUUGUCCCCAUUUUGGGAGGGGACCGGUGGUUGCUUAGCAACUUGGUUCACGACAUCGCUGCGGCGGUGCUGUAUCUACCGGCGAUCGGCGUCAUGAUCUACAAGACAGAGCGGUACGAGUACUGCAACCUGGAGCAAUACAAGCACUACUGCCUGUAUAAAGUAUACCUGGCUGCCGCAGUGUUCGCAUGUCUGGGCGCUGUGGUGUAUCUUGUCUCGUCGGUGUAUGUGGGCUGUAGGAAGUGCCGGGGAGAGCAGACCGUGGUUUGA